GAGAGGAGUCACGUGUCCUGCCUGAGCCCCAUCGAGUUUAUAAGGUCUCCGUCUGCUGGAUAGACAGAGAUGGGUAUGUGUCAAACGUUUUUAACUCUUAUCCUACCGACGCUGUGAGUAAAUCAGCAACUUAAAUAUCGAGCGUAGUCUUUCUGCUUUCAUAUUUUGUAAGCUAGAGGCGCGUUAGAGUUUCGUAAUAUUUUGAUUUUAACUGGAGAACAGUAAUGGGCACUUGACGUCAUCUUUUCCACUGCUGUGUUGCGGUCAGUAGGAACUUUCUCGAAGAUCACGGUCGGGGUUAACACAGGAAUGGUGGCUUCUUUCUCUCUAGAGCUGCCUAAGACUUUUAACCACACUAUAAUGAAUAAACCGAUAGCUUUUAUUCCCUCUUUUUUGCCUGCCGACAUAUUGUAUAGGCCACCUUUGAGUUGGUUGCGCAGUGACAUUUGCAUCGUGAUGUCAGCGCGCAUGCGCCGCGAUGCAUAAUGUUGUAUGUUGCAGAGCAGGCUCGAAAAGUCGCAAGAGGAGGAAGCAGGAGUGGGGGAGGGGCACCGGCUAGACACGGAACGCCACCGGGGCGUGAUGGAAAUGACAGGAGCAGUUGUGGGAAGGGGGUGAGGCAAGAUGGUUUAUCAUAGAACAGCCAAAAACACACGUCCGAGUUAAAUGGCGAUGGCUUGUGCUGCAUGUUCUCUUCUUUAAAAGUGCUUAUUCAAGAUACCUGCAUUGGCAUCCUGGUAAGUGAGACUGAGUCAGAUUUUGCCAUUAGGUUUUAAGCCUGCAGAGCCAUCCAGACUUUGAGGGGGGUGAAUGGUACACACCUUUGUUCAACUGAAUACCAGCUUAAACAGAAACGCACUUCAAAUUUAGGUUACUCAGGUGCAGACUGCAAUUAGAAAAAGUCAAAUAUCAUGCUUUUUGCAAAGAAAUGAUACAGGACAGCCCCCAAAGACUUCAAGGUAAAAAACAGUGAUAUGUAUUUGCACUGACACGUUAAAAUGAAAUAUCUUUGACAUCAUAGCUAACAACCGCAGUGUAUAUUUGCUUUGUUAGUAAUUAGUCGUGAAUUUAAGAUAUUUGUAAGAAACGUGAGUGUGCAUCAGUUUCAACAACUGUGCAAGAUCAAUACACUCAUCAUCUGUAUUUGUAUGAAUGAACUGUAUAAUCAAUGGUUAGGUUAGAGUCUUAGUAAGCCUAUCAGAGAAGGAUUCUGUGUAAGUAGUGAUGACAAAAGGACCUGUUACAAAAGCUUUUUUUCUUUUAGGGCACAGCAUCAUGUCAGAAUAAACUAAAAGUUGUGUUUUUCUCAGACACAACUUGCGGAUUAUUUAAGUUUAGUGAGUCUUAAUUAGUGGUGCAACGGAUCACAAAACUCACGGAUCGGAUCGUUCCUCGGAUCAAGAGUCACGGAUCGGAUCAUUUUUCGGAUCAGCAAAAAGAAAAAAAAACAAGACAAAUAAAAUAUAUAAAAGUAGUGCACAGAGCAUAAUAUCUUCUUUUUAACAUAAUUAUUAAUGAAAAACAACUUAAAGUACAAUAUACAGGCAUAUCUCCUUCCUUUAAAAUGUAACAAUGAACCAAAAAUGAAGUGUGUGCGCGAUGGGAUGUCGUAACGUGGCUCAAGCACUUUCAGCAUGUUUUUAAAGCCCUCGUUUUGCACAACUGAAUACGGCCUCAUGUCUGCAGCUAUAAACACACCGAUAGAGUUUGUGAAAGCUUUAGCCUGGUCGGAUUGCGCAGGAAGAGGCUGCUUAAAUGCUGCGGUGAUGAGCGGUUGUUGGGCAGCUUUCGUUUUAUCUCAGGUGUUAUGCCAAAGAAUGCACCCCUGCCGUAUAGUGCACCCCCUAACGGGAGCGCGGUUGAAAGUACAUAACAAGGCGAAAUAAUACAAGUUUUCCUUACGUUGGAUGUAUUCAACAGCGUUUGCCUUUAAUAAUUUCAUUCAGGCUAUUCAUAUCAAAUAUGAGAUCAUUAUCUCCACUUUAAGAAGCUAACGGGUGGAGGGGAUGCAGGGGGUGCGUUCUACGGCAGGGGUGCAGUCUACGGCACAACACCUGUCAGUAAAACACCCGGGUGAUGUCGCUUCAAAUGCGUGAACAUGCUCGAUGUGUUUCCACUGUCAUAUGGCUUUCUUAUGCCACAGUGCCUACACUCCGUCGCAGUUUUGUACACUGACCUCUUUCCUUCUUCAUCAUAAUUGACAGGGAAGCCAAAAUGCUCCCAUACAGGGGAUUUAAGUGUCGCGGGGCGUUCGAGCUCCUCCUUUCUCCGCUUUCAGAAAUCGAUCCGCGGAUCACAUGUGUGCCGAACCGAAUACGUCGAUCCGAACGGAUCACGGAUCAAUGAUGAUCCGUUGCACCACUAGUCUUAAUCUUAAAAGACCUCAUUUGACUGAAAAUAAAACUGGGAAACGAGGAAAACAAUAACUGUGAGAAUACAAUAUAGCUGUCAAUAACCAAACUCGUGUAUUUAUAGUGUUGUUGUUAAGUGUGCUGACUGCUGUAGUCGCCUUCACAGGCUGAAUUAUAAUUACACGAAUUGAACAUUUAAACCUGUUUUUAGUUGUUUCCCCCCCUUUUUAAAAUCCCGCUGACACAAAGAGUUUAGGUACAUGAACAGUUUAUUUACACAAUAUGAUUGAACUUAACACAAUAUAAGCUCUAGGGACAUUCGACAAAAUGUCUACAGGUCCGCUCUAACACCAAAGCCUGGUCCUGGAGGGGGCUCUGUCAGGGACGUUAAUCCACCUGCAGGCUCACAUGAGAAACGCCCAUUCCUGUGGAAAGAGGAAAUAGAACCCGUAUUAACAUUCAAUCAGUGAACGACCAAGAAAAACCAGUAUGUUAUUCACGUAGGUGUUUUCAGUUCUGUACCUGGGUCCAGGUGGUGGGACUCUGCCUGCUUUGAGUUCAUCAAUAAUGUCCUCCAUGUCCUUGGGUGUGAGGUCCUCCUGGAAAAUUAAUAGAAGACUUGAAGAGUGACAUAGUGUAAUGGUGAGGGAUGAACAGUUGUUUGCAAUCUUUAAUAUGAGCACCAUCUCAUCUCAGUUUGUUUCCGUCUUAAAGGAAGGUGUUGGAUGCAUCACUUGUGAUACAGCAUGUGAAAGAAACUUGUGAUUAAAACAGCCAGUUAUGUAAAAACAGCAAUUUUCCAAAAGCAGGUAUCACACAUUGCCUUCAGAGUGGAUCAGGCUGGUUGAAUAAUAUCUGUUUUGAAUUUCUAAAUACUCGUGUUGUCACAGGUAGAAGAUAUGCAGUAUAUUUCUGCCCUGUUAUAUUCUUCUUUCCAAACCUAACCUGAUUUAGUAGUAGUCAGCACGCAGCUCUUUUUAGUUAGAGAAUAAACUGUAAUACUGCUGGAUGAAAACAACGUGCUUUGAAAGACACAGUCAGUUCAAAUCUACUUUUUCAUAACAACAGUAUGAAUUUCCAGGUGUAAAAAGCCUGAAAUAAUGUUGUGUAAAGAGCUUACCAACAGUAGUACCACAGUAGUAGACGGUAUGUACUGCUAAGAGCUGUUUAAUCAUGUAAAAUCCUUAACUCAAAGGAACCUCAUUCUUAAAACUAACACUGUGUUCCUUUUAUAUCUUCAAGAUCACAUCUCGGCAAAUUCAGGCAUUAUAGAAAAUUCCUCUUUUCUUAAUCAUGUUUAUGUUAACUGGGUCAUUCACUUGCACAAAGACUGAAAUGACCGAAUGUGUGCAAAGUUUGUUCCAGAUUAGGUUUAAUCCUGAACAUUAAAUGCAAGAUUUUGAUCGAACAUCUGUUUUUUUUCCUCUAAACAAGGUCAUAAAUAAGACGUUAAUUCAACUUUAUUUCCUUCCGUCCAUUUUCUAAUUAUUUGAUUUGAGUUGUUCAUGUAGAGCAGCACACCUGCCAUGGCAUCGAAACAAAAAAUAAAGGUAGCAAGCUUAAAAUAGGGAUGGCAGUUGUAGUCUCUGCAGACUUCCACCGCAGAACUCAACCAAGGGGUGCGAUGAUGACAAAAAACAACUUCUUCCAGAUCAACAGGUCUAAGAUAUUCACUCAAAGCUGGGUCAUUUCUUGCCAUCUCUUAGUGUAAAGCUCUAAUUUCCAAUCGACUGUGCCAAAGCUUGCUGUGUGUUUUUGCUCUGUCGGUCCCUCAGCAUUUUAAAUUCUUCAUUUUUGUUUGCAGGGAUUAGUUUGUCGAUGGUUAAACAUGUUAAUCGUCCAGCUGUUCUUACUGUAACCUCUUUCUACCAGUCUGUAGAUCAGUGCCUUCUUAGCAACAUCGAUUAAACCUCAUGAAGUAAACUCUAAUGAUUCUAAUGCUGCUUGUUUCCUCAUCUUAAACUUCAGCCAUGCAGGCAGCUACGCUAGCUUGGCUCAUUGUGAGCAUGUGAUCACUGCAUGUGUUCUCAGUGUGCAUGUGCAGUAGUCUGUCCUACCAGAUUGAAUCAUAUUCAGUUUAUGUGCACAGACCUUCAUGGCCUGAUUUGAUUGGUUUUGCAAAAUGAGUGAAACACCUGAUAUUAUUAUUUUGCACUCUGUUGAGACAACAAUCAAGAUGAUAUCUUGGACAAUGCACACUGCACCCCUCAAGGCUUGACCUAGUUUUGCUAAAUCAGAUAAAUGCACAGAGAAGUGAAGCAUUCCUGUAUUGAAAGUAUCAUUAAGUUAUCUGUUUGAUGUAAUCAUGAUGCAGGAAAAACUUGAAGAGAAUGGAUGUUUCUGUAUGAGAACUACGAAGCUGAAUGUGUUUUAAACUUGAUAAAGACACUGUUUUACAAAAAAAAGCAACACUUACAUAAUAGUUGUCAUUAAUCUGGACCAUUGGAGCAUUCACGCAGGCACCCAGGCACUCCACCUCUAUUAGCGUGAACAUCUUGUCUGCGGUCGUCUCUCCAACCUUGAUACCUGCAGAGAAAACAAAUGUAGAGCUGCGUUACAUUCUGCUAAUCUCCUCUGACUUGCAGCAGAUUAUGUUACUAAACCACAAACAUUUCUCAGCGCUGGCAGUUCCACAUGACAUUACACAGCUGUAAAAGUAUAAGCAAGUUAGAGGAAAAUGAAUAACCUCACUGUGUGGCUGAUUAAAAGGACAAAUAAAGCUGACUGUGUGUUAUGAGAUGCCACACAGGCUGAAGUGGAUUAGCCGUCAUCAAGCUUCAUCUGAAUCAUGAAUGUCCUCUUGUUUACUGCUACAGAUCCCUGUUGUUUGAUUGUGAAGACAAGUGUUUAUUUUCAUGUUUGUUGUCUGAUUUGUGUUGAUCCCAACUAUACACAAUAAAAGUAAGACUGUUUUCAUCUGUGUUUUCAUCUCUUCAUUGGGGUUCCUGCUGCUAAAUUAAAAUGGCUCUUACCCAGUUUGUUUUGGAUGGCCUCCAGGAUGCUGUCUGAGUUGCAGAGCAUGCAGGGUGUUGUUGUACAGAUUUGAAUGAAGUAUUUUCCCACGGGCUGACGCAAGAACAUUGUGUAAAAUGUUGCUACUUCAUACACUCUCAUUGGAGCGACUUCCAGCACCUCUGCAACCUGCAUAAAAAACAGACACAAACAUUCAAUACAGUUCCUCUGAUGUGACACUGAUUUUAUGCUGUUAUACACUAGAAAAUGAGGACAAGAAAAACCUUUUCCACUCCAGACAUCUGUUUAACAGAUUCCUGAAAAUGACUGUACCUUAUUCAUGGCAGAGAUGGGGAGCCAUCCAUGUUGCCUCUGGGCUACAUCCAGCACUGGGAUGGUGGCUGCUUGCUUGUGUCCAAUCGGGUACAUUGAAAUAAUGGCUUCAAUCCUCUAGAGGAUGCAAAAAGGCAUUUCACUGUAAGUGUGAUGUGGUGUUUGGAGUAAUUGCAUGCAUCCUUCAGAAUUGGUCAAAUCAAACUGACUUGAGCUUUCAGACUGUGCCUUUUAAAAAACCAACAGCUUCAUAGAUAUUUACAUUUGAUUUAAAAAAUGAAAUAGUUUUAUUCUUUGCUUUCCUUUUAGUUGAAAAUUAAGGCAAUAAACAGGCCUGCCAUAAUGAACACAAGACCAACAGUACAGUUGAUAACAGGAUUACCAGACACUAAAAUGUAAAAAAUGAGGCUAUAUCCGCUGACCGUAUGCUCUUUUACAUUUGAAUGACAGUCUUGGCUCCAAAUAUUUAAACACAAUAACAUGCCUGUCAUGUUUUUGAUCGUCACGGAUGACAUUUUACCUUUUUGUUCUCCUCCGUGAACUCAAAAGGAGUAUCAGGGUUGUUGUCAGGAGUGUCUCUGUGCUAAAGAAGAGAAAAUCAAAGCUAACAUUAGUUCACCUAUAAUCAUGUUAAAAUGCUACUUAUCAAACAGCACUUAUUAAAUCCUGUCAAAAAUGUAUUCAAAAGUUGCUACAGAUGAUUGAUUUCUCUCUGUAUUUGAGAAGCAGGCUCCUCAUCAGUGUCUUAAAGAUAUCUUCUAGAGAUAAAUUACAAAACAAGUUUCAGUGUAAGCCAAGAAGAGGAAACAGGUGCUGCUACUAAACCACAGAAAAAAAUUCAACAACAACAAACAACAUUUACAGUUUGUCUUAUUCUGUAUACACUGCCCCCUUGUGAGCAGCAAACAUCCUUUGUGCAAUUAAGAAACAGAACAACACUGCUGCUCUUUGAAGGUAGAGAUGUCAGAAACAACAUCGGUCCUAAUGAAAGAGGAGAUGUUCAAAGACAGAUCCAAUUAUAGACCGAAUACAUCUCAACUAUCAGGAGACACUGAAACCAUGACAUGUUUCCAAUGCACAAGAAAAUCACCUGUGGUGCUUUUGUUGCAAAGCAAACCUCUAAUAGGCUUUUGGAGGCAGCCCACGGGAUAAAUGAGAUACUUUUGGAAACUGUUACCUCUGGGAUUAUUCCAGCAUAUAUGAAAGAAUAAACAUGUUGCUAAGAUGUGCAGAAAGAACAUUUAACACAUGUUUUAAAUGGCUAUUUAAUUUUUUAAAAACUAAUUUACAAGUCAGCAAAGAUUAAAACACUAAAAUGAUUUGAAGGGUGAGGACUGGUUUGUUUCUUCAGUUCUUGUCAUUAAUAGACUUGUCCCAUAGAAUAAUUACCUGUACAUUACAUGAACAAAGAGUGCUUUUCAGAUGUAUUAAACUGAAUAAUUUAUUCUCAAAAUGAUUGUAAAAGUUUUUAUAAUAAUGCUUCUAUAAUGCUGGUUUCUGUAGAAGCUCAUAAAAAUUUCAGCAUAAAAAUGUGUAAAAGAAAUCACUGAUUUAAUAUCUUUCAAUGAAUCCUCAAAACAGAAAUAGAAACCACUAAUACAAUUAAUAUUAUAAUCACAUACUGAGUGUCUCCUGAAUGUGACUCAUCAUACUGGAUUUUUGCUGAGUCAUACUCACUGACUGACCAUCACUUCUUACUGUUUUCCAUCAUUAUUUCUAAAUAUGCUGGUUGACUGUGCCUGGCUUGAGAGCCAUCAUAUAGAUCAUUUAAGGCUUACAUAUGUAUCCAUCUUCUCUUGCACAUCUGUAAACCCCUGAAGAAACUGUAACUUACCACAAAGAUGCCUCCAGCUCCUGCACGCGCAGCAGACCGAUGUAGACUCCUGACCUGCCUGGCCUGUAAACAGAGAGAGAGGAGAUGGAUGAUAUGUCGGUUUGCAUUAGCCGUAUAUCCACAUGCACUGAGAGAGGUAAGAUAUAAAAGUAAAACAUGUUGACCUUGUCAUUUUUAGAGACAAACACAGCAGAGUAGAAGUCCUCUGUUUACAGUCUUUUGUUUUACAUAACUGAGCUGAAUUUGGCAAAAAAAAAAAAAUCUGAUAAUUUUUCUCAAGAUUUAGUCCAGAUUUGCCAAGUAAAUCAAGUGAAGAAAUUUGUGUCACUUUGGUGUUCAUUUACUCCCAGUUCCACCUUUAAAUUGAUAACAAUACAUACUAGAGGUUAAAAAAGGAACCAGAGGAAACCAGAGUGUAAUGGCAGAAAGAUAUUUGCACUAUUUGACGAAGCUGAAGAUAGAUAUCAGCCGCCUCCUGAUUAAACUGGAGCAAUUAAGAUCAUCUUGGAUUCUAGAAAGAUAUUAAAUAAAAUAAAGGUGCUAUGUAAAACCUAAAAGCAUAGCAAACUGUGUGACAGAGUUGAUAUGUACAUUAAAUUUGUGUUCAUGUAAAACAUUUUAUAUCACUUACAUAAUAUUGAGCAAUGCAAUCGUACAUCAUAUUUUUACAGAUUAGUCAGGCCAUGACCGUAAUUGUGACACACUUAUAACCAUCAAAACAGAGGGCACUUUCACCUACAACGAGCCCAAAUAUGAGUGUGUAGAGAUUUUAUGGGUAAAAAUCUUGACAUCUGACAAAGUUAAUUGUGAAAAAACAUCACAUUUCGGACGAUAUAUGGAAGAAAUUUAGGACAAGUAUAAAAGAAAAUACAGCCCUAUGGAAGUGGAAGCGUAUUACUUGCAGGUUCUACCUUUAAAACAAAGCUUUAAAAGUUACAAAUGCAAGAAAAUAUCUAUUAAAAAUUGGCCCAGCGUCCUUAAAGUAUCCAAGUAGUCAGUCUGUUGUUUCAUAAUGUACACAACUUUUGUAUUAUCCGAUAAUUAUCGGAUGUAGUGUUGUUUUUUUUCCAAUGCAACCCUGCGCAUGCGUGUUAUAUUUAAAGUUCACAGUAUUUGCAGAUUAAAGUCAAUGAAAAAUUCUUGCCCUUACAGCUAAAAAGCCAAAAUAAAACAGCUUACAUCACUGUCUUUCAGGACUCCCUUAUGUCAGACUGACACCAUGUUGUGCCAUACAAUAUCAGCGCACAAACAAAACUACACAAAGCGAAUAAACUCACACUUUCAACCAAACUAUCUACAUUUGAAGUGACAUUUUAAACGUUACAUAGUUAAACUAAUGCCUUUUAAAGCAUGUCCAGACUAUAUUUCUCUUUGCAUUGGUGAUUUUGUCCUGAGAUCACCUUGCACAUCUGACAGCAGGAAGCUAACACAGCUAGCUCUGUAAGCUCAGCGGCCUGCUUGUCCUUGUAAAGAGUCACGGCAUCCUAUCGCCAAAUAAUCGAAUUAAACUACGAAAACAUAACCCACAAUUAAAGGUAACAACGCGCCCUUACCGUCUGCGAAACAGCAGACCGAACCACGGAGGACAAAAACAUUUUGGAGCUCGAAGUUUUGGUCCGGCUGCUUCAGCUAAUGGACGGGACAGAAGCGGACCACAUCGACACAAGCGCUCAGGCUCGAUUGAGAGGGUCUGAAGCGUCGUGUUACGUUGGUCAGUUCCGCCGCAACUAAAUCGAUCACAGAGCGAAAUAUGAGCUGAAAAAUAAACGGCACCCACAGACCUCAGGGCGUUUCAGAAAAGCCUAGUUAUGCAAUGUGAUGGUUGUUGAUGUUAUGCAGCAAAUUCAUCAGCAUUUAAAGGUUAAAAAAUGUAAUGGUGGAUAAUUAGAGGAGGUAAACUUCACAUUUAUUAACGAUCUGAUAAUGCAAAUCCCUAUUUAACACUUGUAAAACAGUGUUUGUCACCAUAAACUAAGAUUAAAAUCGUAAUAACAUGACCAAGGAUAAUAUACAUAUACACAUAUUAGGUUAUUAUUACAUUAUUGUUGUUGUUUUUAAAUUUAAAGUAGCUAAGAGUGAGGCAAAUAGAGUUAAACUCAAAUGUUGUGAUGACUACACCUACUCUUUGGUUCCUUGUUUUAAGAUAGAUAUCGACUCAAUCCUGAUUAAAAUAGAACAACUAGAAAUUCAUCUUGAAUCCCAGAAAAACAUUUAAUAAAAUAAAGGUACUGUGUAGAACCCAGAGACAUAAAAACUAUCUUACAGAGCUGAUAUGUACAGUAUCUUUAAAUUUUUGUUUAUGUAAAGCAUUUUAUAUCACAUACACAAUAUUAAUAUAUCGUAAGAACAUGACCAAGGAUAAUAUACAUAUACACAUACUGGAUUAUUUUGACAUGAUUAUUGUUGUUUUUUUAAAUUUAAAGUAGCUAAAUAGUGUUAAACCCAAAUAUUGUGAUGACUACACCUACUCUUUGGUUUCUUGUUUUAACAAGUUAAACAGUUUUGUGUCUAUUUUGAACUUCUAACUAUUAGCAAAUAGAAAAAUAAAGUUAGGCUUUAGAUCACCCUGCGACAAUUGCUUUAGGGUUUGUUAUUUUGAAUUCGUACUCAUAGUGAAGGAAAUUUUGUUUUCUCUUCUCUCACGGCACCCAUCACCCUCCCUGUCAGAUCAAACCCCCCAAAGCCUGCCUGAAUCCUCAGCAUUCAUCCUGCAGCACUCCUCCUCCUCUACCUCCUCCUCUCUCUGCUACUUGCUUGGAAAAGUAAUGCCACUGACUGGCCAGGGAGGGCUUACCCAAUGAAAAAGAGGGAGUGCCGCACCAUGCGAGCUGAUUGGCUGCCCUGGCCCUAAGCAGACUGGGAGAGAGCCUGCAGCUCAGGGAUUAGAGGUGGUUCUUCUGCAUGCUGAAUUGUAUUGCUUCAGCGCAGGGGGGCCUUAUAGUGUUCCUACCUUCCCUAAGAACCAGACAGAUCAGCAGUGGCUCCAGAUUAACCCACUUUCUGACUCACCCUCUGAUGAUACAGGCCUGUCUGCAUUUGUCCAUCCACAAUGGUUGUUCCUGAGACUCAGGACAAAAUGUACUACCCUCCUGAUGACCUGCAGAGGGAUGCUCACGUGCCUGAUUUUAACUCCUAUCUAGCCCUGUACAGGAAAUCCCUCGAGAAUCCAGAAGGUAGGUCAAAUCAAUCUUUAUUUUUAGUGCAGCACUUCCUUGCUAUACCAGCCCCCUCUGAAUGUGUCUGCACGCCCAGAAUCUUUGUGUUUUUGCUUUGGCACUCUUUCUGCAGUCUAUGACUCUGACAAAGUCUCACUUUAUUUCAGCUUUCUGGAAAGAGAUUGCUGAUGAGUUCUUUUGGAAGAAACCAGCAACAGGAGCAAUGUUGCAGCACAACUUUGAUGUGACAAAAGGAAACAUUUAUGUCAAGUGCAUGGAAGGGGCCAAAACCAACAUGUGUUAUAAUGUCCUGGACAGGCUGGUGAGGGAGAGGAGCCUGGGUGAAAAGGUUGCCUAUUACUGGUAAGCAACAACGUUCAUCUGGGAUGAAUGAUGGCAUUGAUGGGAGGUGCUGCCUUGAGUAAUUUCAGGUAUUCAAGUCAACAGCAACUGUUGUGUCCUCUAUGCUGACCCCAAUGAACAACACAACAUCAGCACUUAUGUGUGUCAGUUCUCCAGAGAAUAAAACAGGAAUGAAAGAAAAUACUUGAUCUAAAAUUACAGCAAAUAGACUCAUAAAAACUUUUUUAAGAGUGGAUGUACAGGUGCAAACUUCUUCUAAAAUCCUUCUAGAUUUUUCCAGUAAGAAGGAAUAAAUGACAGUUUGACAUUUUGUCUUCAAAAUACAUGUUUUCACUUGCUAACUUUAAGAUAAGCCUUCCUUAAAGUCUAGGAUAGUUCUCAAACUUCUAAAGUCUCACACCCCAACAAGUUACCAUAAAGCCUGUCAAUAAGUUUGACUCUAAAUUAUGGUUCAUAUUUGCUCUGUCAACUUCAGAGGCUAAGCAAAUAUAGAAAUAGUGGUGCCAACUCAGCAGUACAAAAGGUUCAAUGAAACCCAGCUGAUAGAGACCAGCCAUCACCCACACAAGCAUCUUAACACUGUUUGCACUACAUCAAAAGACUUAUGUAACUCAUCUGCUUGAGCGCUCGCCAUGCCGGUAUCAGUGCACCAUAUGAGGAGGACCCAGUCUGUCAGCUGUGUUGUUACCGUAUUUGUAGUCAAAGUACCAGUGGCCAGAUGGUCUGUGUUGGUCUGUCAAACACUCUCGCUCACACUUUGUCCAAUCAGCAACGCAAAACUAUCUCUGAUGUUUGGAUACUAAGAAAAAAGUCUGUAACAGAUACAAAUCCAUUUCAAAUUAGUUGGGAUUCUUUAAAAACAAGCCAUUUGACAAAUAUUUUAUAUAGAAUAAUGACUCAUUUUCAUUUCAGUGCUAGCAAUAUGUUUAAAAAAAUCAUUAACAGGGACAACAAAAAACAGAAAGUGCUGUGUAAUGCUUGAAACGCCUGGAGGAACAUCUCCCAGUGAAAUAAGUUCAUUUGCAACAGGUUAGUAAUGUAUUAACAGUAGAGUAUUCCAGAGAGGCAGAAUCCCUCAGGUAUAAUGAUGGAAAGAAGGUCACCAUACUGUGAGAGACUGCAUGAGCAAAUACAUAGAAUGAUAGGUUUUCAUUUCAGAGUACCUGGAGUUACAAAAAAGGAGCAAGACUGAUCACCAAUCCUGGAUAGCUGUGACCUUUGGAACCCUCAGGUGGCUCAGAAUUAAAAAAAAAUAGGCAUGACUCUGUAGUGGAAGUCAUCGCAUGCACUUAAAAUCCACAAAAGCAGGUUAAAACUUCACCAUGCAAAGAGAGCACCAUGUAUUAAGAGUCCUGCCCCAACAUUUUUAAAAAUAUUUUGCUAGCAUCUCUUCUAAAAGAAGCAUAUAUUUUACAUUAAACAACAAUAUUUUUCAGUUUUAACAUUUGUUAUGUUGUCUUUGCAUUAUUUUUCAAUUAAAAUUCAGGUUCAGAUGAUUUUCAAACCAUCAAAAUCUUUUGUUUUUAACAUUUUACACAGUCUCCAAACCUUUUUGUUGUUGUUGUUGUUGUUGUUGUUGUUGUUGUUGUUGUUGUUGUUGUUGUUGUUGUUGUUGUUGUGCUUGUCAGGAUUGUAUUUGUUAUUCAUACAUUUAUUGCUGGUCCACUUAACAGAGUCCUACAGAUGUGAUUUCAAAUGGACCAAGAGAUGUCUGACAAAAAAAAAAAUUUAAAAAUGAUAGCCAAUUAUCAUAUUUUGCAUAUGCUUAAGCUGACUUGAAAAUCAAUAAAAUAAGUUAUAGGUACUAACCCGGUCUGGGCUUCAGAGGGCAGAAGCCGAUCUAAACUGUCACAGGGUACACCCUGUACAGGUCACAUUUAACCCCAGGGCUGACAGAAAUACAGAUAACCAGACACACUCACAUACCUGAAGGCAAUUUAAAGACAUCAAUUGACUGAACAAGCAUGUCACUGUACCGCCUUGAGGGAACUCACACACGCACAGGAAGAAUAUGCAAACUUUACACAUAGUGGCCUCAGUCAGGACUUGAACCAGGAACCUCCUUCCUGUAAGGCAACAGAGCUAACCAAAGCUGAAAUCACACAGAAACAUAAAUAUCAUCUUGAACAGGAGUGACAUGAUCUUGUCAGCACUGAAUUCACAUGUUGACUCAAACCAAACAUAUUUGACCAAAGAGGGAUCUGAACCCUUUUCUGCAAGUUUCCUUCCCCUUUUAAAGAAUUUGUUAAAAUUGGGUUCAGCUUCAACAUCACCUCCAUCCUCUGUGGGAGUAGUUAUGGCAAAAUAAACAGAAGGAACCUGUUAUAGUUUUGAAUAAAUAAAAGCCCUUCAGGUGAAGUACUUUAAAAUACAUUUUGAAUUGUUAAGAGAAGAUGUUAAAGUUUUUAUGGUUUAUGCACUAGCCGGUUUUAUAGCUUCUGCGAGGAGUUUUUAGUCGGUAAUAACACAGACUGAAAUCUAUACUUAUAUCUUUUUAUGACCUACCAAAACAAACAAGACCUUUCGAGACAUAACUGUGUCUUCAUACUUGUUUUAAAGCCCUGAACUCUUGCUGAGGCAUGAGACCAUUACACAAAACUAUCCUCCAAACAGACUUAGUUUGCAUUUUCCAAAGCAAACACUGUAAAUGAGUGAACGAGACAUAAUAGGUACUCCACAGGGGGCGCCAAAUUGGCUCAAACCUAAAGAUUUUCAAGCUCUUGGCUGUAGAAAAAGAAGAGAAAACAUUUUAAAGUUUGUGUUAGUGUCAUUUUCUUUUGGAACUUUAGCCAGGAGAGGACAAAGCGAUGUGAUUCCUGCAGACCUGUUAAAGUGUUUAGAGUUUGUUACAGAAGCUGUUAGGAUCAAUAAGAUUAAAUGAUCAAAUGUUUACUAAAAUGUUAAUUCAAAGAGAGUUAAAUCAGCAUUUAGUUGGAUUUAUGAAUGGGUAAUAUCUGUCAAAAAGAUCUUGCAGUAAUUUGUCGAGAAGUUGCUCUCUCGAUUGUUGUUGGAUCUCAGGCAGCAGCGUGAAACGGAAAGAGCGGCAGCUGUCAAAGAGCUUUUUUAGAAAGAUCUGAGAAAAUCCUAUUACAACAGUCCAGCCUGGCAGAGAUAGAGGCGUGGAUUAUGUUUUCUAAAUCUUGUUUGUUUGAGAGCACUCUUAUUCAUGUUCCAUUAGGAGGUGGUUACAGGCUAUUUUUCUGCUGUCCUGUCUUUGCCAUUAAAGCGAAGGUGUGCUUGUCUGAUUGUAUGAAGAUAACCAAAUUGCAUUUCAGCUGUUAGUGAGGAAAUAAAGGCACUGCCUGGUUUUCUAUCAAAUAUCGGAGCGUUAUAUGAUAGGGCAGCACAGUUGGGCUUGGUUGGGAUCUAUGAUUUGCACCUUUCCGUCAAAAACAUGUAAUUUUGAACAGUAAUAGUGAGUAUGACAAAAUGCUGUUUACAUUUUAAAAACAGAAAAUGACUUUUACCUUAUUUUUUAUGUGAUAUUUUUGAUUUCUACCUAAAGAUCACUAUAUCAUAACACUAAGCAGUAAAUUAAGGGGGUCUGAAGAUUGACCCCUGGGGAACUCCACAUUUGGUUUAAUGAUAUGAUGUGAAUACAGUGAUAUUAAAAUAGUGGGUAAAAACCUCUAGAUACAGUUAUUGAAUAAGUCAACAGAGGCCUACUUUUAUCCCUCCAGCUGGCCUAUAAAACAUUGUGCCAAAAAACUCCCCCCAAUAAACACUGAAACCCAAUACAGACUCAUCAGCUACAAGGACAGGUUAUCUGGCUCAUGAACUCAAAUGCUGAUAACUCUUCUCUGUGUCUAUCAACUAAGAUUUAUGUAAUCAAAACAAACCAGCUGACCCCUUGUUUAAGUUACAGGAACAGGUUUUGUUUAUGUUUCUCCUCUUGUUUGUUGUCCUUUUAGGGAGGGGAACUCCCCAGACCACCACAUGGUGAUCACCUACCGCCAGCUGCUGAGCCAGGUGUGCCGCUGUGCAAAUGUCCUCAAGAAGAUGGGUAAGAAACAAGUAUAUGAAAACAAAAUCACCCGAUACAACAGUGAGUAGUCAUUACAACUGGUUCCUGUCAUUACAGGGUCAAAGGAACAUCAUGUAAAACCACUUCUCAGCGAUACAUACAAAGGCGUAAAAUAGCAUCAUCAAUUCAAUGUCAGCAUUUGUCCAAUGCAGUAGUUGCAUGUCGUACAUACAGUACUGUAUCUGGCCAGUUUCCAGCCUGAUGAAACUCACCUUGACGCAAUAUCGUCAUAGCUGGUUUAAAUUAAAAAGGGUUUAUGCACAGAUGUGACAUUUGUUGACCCUAGAACACUAUCACUUAAAUUAGUAGCACCAUCACUAUUUUUACCUGAAAUACUAUACCCAAGAAAAAGUACUUCAAAAUAUAUCAAAAUAGGACAAUACAUGACAAACUAAAUUAUUUUUCCUGUUAUUUUUAACUGUGCAAUGUCCAAAGGAAGGAACGAAAGUGCCAUGAGGGGACCAUAUAAAAAUGCAACAAAAUAAAUGAAAUUAGACAUUCAUGAACAAAAAAUUCCUAUAUAUAUAUAUAUAUAAACUGUAAACUUAGUUUCUUUUCCACCCAUUCCUGGGGCAUGUGAGUCUUUCCUGGUGAAGACUCAGAGUCCUUGGCACAAUAACAGCUGCAGGAGGGAGAACCAAAAUAUGGCAGAUUUGAGUGAGUAAAAAAAAAUGACCAGCUGACUAAAAUAUUUCCUAUCACCAUAUGAAUUCCCAUUAAAAUCACUACUUUGUGAUAGUUAUUUAUAACCACUGCGCUAAAUAAAGAUAUCUUGCAAAUUCCAGGACCACUCUUACUGACCCUACUCCCUACAUGCAGCUAUCAAAUCCACCUAAACCUACUCUACUAUCACUAUUGUCGGGUGAAAAUCACCCUGUGAACACGAGCCUGUAGGAAAAAGCAGGUUUUGGAUCAGGAAAAAAAAUAUGCCUUCAAAGAUGUCAAAGGCAAUGCUGAAGCUACCCACGGACCCAUGAUACUCAGACAAACAUAACAUCACGAAAAUCACGUAAACAAGUUUGGUCGGGUGAAAAUCCCCUAGCGAUAGUGUUCUAGGGUUAAUUAGACCCUUAAGUUUGUGCUUUUUCUUUGUUUAAGGUGUAAAAAAGGGAGACAGGGUGUCCAUCUACCUCCCCAUGAUUCCAGAGCUGGUGGUCACAAUGUUGGCCUGUGCGAGGAUAGGUGCUGUCCACUCCAUUGUGGUGAGUACAAUGACAGUGCUCGGCUGCAGUUUGGCCCCAGAUGCAGAUGAAUGAGGUUUUCAACAUUAGCAGUUAGCAUGCUAGCUUUGAAAAGUCCCCAGCUGUUUCAGCCACAUCACCAAUCAACUUACUCAAAUCAGUGUUUGUACAAGGAGAAUUUAAACCAAUAUUUAACAUGCGCAAGCUCCAACUCAUCAUCCAGGAUCAGUCAACUCAUUUCACCUCAGUUCAUCUUUGCAGAGAGUCAACAUGUAGGUUUGGAGUGUUUGCUGUUUUGACCUCGUUUCCAGGAGAAAACAUCAGCUCUUCAUCACUCAAACUGCCUCGCUCCUGUAGUUAUCAGCUGCUCUCUGUGUGAACACAGCGCUGGCAGCACCUGCACUAAAUAUAUGGGUCAGACGUGUGCUGGCUCUAUUUUAGCUUUUCAGCCUCCCACAUCCGUGCAAAGGUUAGCAGCCCUGUUAAAAAUACCUCCAGCCUGCUCCAAGGUUGGUUUGUUUUACGACUUGGAAAGGGCUGUUCUUGGCUGACUGCUGUCUAAGAGACCUUGACUGUGCUUGGUCAUUGUUGUAAAUUUUCCAACCUUGACUUUUUUUUGGACAUAUCUGUUGCAAACCACCAGUAGGAGUAGACGUCUUCUGGGAUGUUGCCAGCGUCUUAAAUCCUCAUGUUCCCGCUGAUGUCAAUCAUAAAUGAACUUGGCAUGAAUAACAUCAUAGAAAGAUCCAGACAGGACAGGCAGUGUCAGUCAUGAGGUGACUUUUCUGCUGAGUCCGGUCGUCAGUGACCUGAUUCACAGUGUGGCAAACAACACUGAAACUUUAUACUGUGUGAACUCUAAAACCUUGGCCUGAACACAAGCGUCUGCUGGAGCAAACAGAAAAUGACAAUCAUAUUAAAGAUUCAUUAGAAAUGUCUGGUUCAUUAUCCUUUAAGGUUGUACAAGGUGACUCAUGCAUAGAUGGUGAUGAGAGGGGACGGGGUCUCUUUGCACCUCGCAGUGAGCAGAUGAUGUUACUUAGCUGUUGGCUUGUUUACAGCCUGUCAUGUUUGACAUUAUCAUUGCGCCUGUGCUGUUGCAUUCCUCAAUCUCAGUUUAUCCUUGUAAGGAACAAAUACUUGUAAACCUGCGAAAACGAGACCCAAUUUUAGAUAAAAGCUGAGAGCAGCAUUGUGUGGGCCCUCGCACCUUCAUGCAUGUUGGUCUGUGAUGCAUGUCUGGGUUUGGCAAAAGUAGAGGAUUGGUGUAGUCAAGAUCUAAAAGGACAUCCUUCUGCUUUAAAUGUACCAAAGGGACAGAAAUUUGAAACCUGUGGAUGUAGCGGAUUUAAUCAUAAAGCCCACACCCACUGUCCAUACCACUAGGAGGUGCUAUAACAGGAAUAAAAUGAUACUACAUGAAUAUGAACAGGCCUUGACCUCCACGAUGCACGGGGAGGUUGGGUCAGAUUGGAGCAUGUAAGGCUGAGGCAGAGCGACUUCCUGUGUCAUGGCGAAAACACCCAAAUUUGAAGGCUGAGAUGAAGUUCAGACCCUGACAAACAUCACGGUUCAUCUUCUCCUUUCUCUCUUUUGUUGUCCAGUUUGCAGGUUUCUCCUCUGAGUCUCUGUGUGAGAGGAUCAUGGAUGCACAGAGCUGUGUCCUGGUAACAGCAGGUACAACAUUAUUGUUGGACUGAGUUGCUCACUAGCUGGCUUCCUGCUUAUUUUGCACACCAUAACACCUUUCUCCAUAUCUACAUGUUCUUUCUCUUCUUCCCUUUCUGACAUCCAGAUGGUGUUUAUAGAGGAGAGAAGCUGAUCAACCUGAAACAGAUCACAGACGAGGCUCUGGAGAAGUGCAGAGAAAAGUAGGUCCUCUCUUUAUAAGACCUCCAGCUCCUCUUUUCCAAGCAGACCGCCCUUAUUUACUCUGGCUGCUGGUAAUAGGCCUGUACCCUUGGCAUAUGAGUCACUGAACACACACAGACACCCACAGACACACACUCACAAUCCUAUCACCUGUUAUCAGGGAUGUAGAGGAAACACACUGCCUGGUUUCCACAUUAUGGGGUUGCCGGGCAACAUGAGAGGCGAUCAGAUCCAUCAGGGAAGCCCGAGCUGCUCGCUUUCUCUCCUGGCAACAUGAGCCUGGGAGGGAUGUGAACAAGGGAACAAUGCAUGCUGGGAAUGGUUAUCUUGGAAAGGGAAGGUGUCAGGGUGCAGGUUUUGACGAAAAUACUCAAAGUUUUCAAGUAUUCAGGUCUGACUCUUGUUAGAUUAACUUGUCAUCUUAUAGUAUGUGUGUUUAUUAGCUUCUUUAACUUCAUGAUAUACAGUCUAACAGAUAUCCUUUCUUUGUUCCUCUCUCUCAAGCUUCUUAUACUUUAGUUUUUCCUAAUUUUACUCAAGGAUCACAGAAUAGAAAGGACUGUAAUGAGCUCUUCUGAUUUCACUGUCCUCUGAGAGCUCUGACAGAAUAUUUGAACCGUAUUUUAACCAAAGAAACGGCUGAAGAAAAUAAUCAAAUCUGAGCUUGUAAAUUGAUUUUUUUUUCUCUUAUGGAAACUGGCGUUGCUUCUGUGAUUCACACCUUUUUUCACAUCCUCACAGAGCUUCAUCUAGUGUCACCAAAUGCCUCGUCGUCAAACACCACGCGCUGAGAACAAGAAGCGGAGCCGCGUGCAACAAAUUACAGGUUUGCAACCGUCAUUAGAGUCAUGUUGUGAUAAGAAACUUUAUGUUUUCAAGUUUUUAUAUCCUCAUCCACAGAGUGUCAUUUACUUCCAUACAGAGCACAAGUAUCUAAAUGCCAAACUCUUCAUAUAUUAAUCAUCAGAAUCAGAGUCAGAUUCUUUAUCUAUCCUAGGGGGGAAAUUCAGCCUCAUAGUGUGCAAGAGUUAUAGGCAUAAAAACUACAAUAAAGAAGGUGUCAGCCUUGUUAUUGAUGGUCUUGUUUGCUUUUGCAGGUCAUGAAGAGACCUCACUGUUAAAUCCAAUCUUUUUUUCAUAACCAGGGUUGUAACAGAAUAAAGAUUAGACAGUUAUGCUGCAAUACGGUGAAACUUAUUUAGAGAGAAAGUACGCUAAACUCCUUUAGAGCCACAGUAACCUGAAAAUUGACUUUUUUUUAUUUGUAAUUAAGUAUUUAACAUUACUACAGAUAUGAAUUAGGUUAUUGAUAUAAGAAAAAAACUGAAUUGUUUAAAAUUUUCAACCAUGUAAAACAGUGUAAGAGCAUUACAGGGCUCCAAAAGUAGCCUUCACAUACUUCGGUCAUAGCACUGCACUGGUGCUUAUGCUGCUGAAAAGUGAAGGUGUGUUUUGAAGCAGGUGAGUCAUUAAAAACAGCAAAAUCACGCUAUCGAAAAAAUAUGAGAAAAAGUGACAAGAGAUGGAGCAGAAAAUCACCAAAUCCACUUUGAUGCAUGAAAGAUCAGACCUUGAUUCAGACGAUCACCCGAGGUUCAGAAAACAGAGACAAACACCAACAAAAACAUGCUCCCUUCAUUCCUUUCCCCUGUCUUCAGGAUCUGCCAUCUGCCUCCGAGGUACACAGUAAAUUACAGUCGGCUCAAAAUCGACAUGGUGUGCUGCUUCCUGCGCUCUCGGCGCACAAUGCGAGCAAAAUGUAAUGAGUGGUUUUUAUGUGUUUCAUUCGUUUCCUGCUGUUCUGCUGCUUUCAGACCCCCUGGGACGCGGAGUGUGAUGUGUGGUGGGAUGAGGCGAUGAGAGACUCUCCCGAAGAGUGUGAGCCUGAGUGGAUGGAUGCUGAGGACCCCUUAUUUAUCCUCUACACCAGCGGCUCCACCGGCAAACCGAAGGUGAGACACAGGUGGAUGUAGGAGCUGGGUUUAUAUCAGAGACACGCAGAGUGAGUGAGGAAAUUUGAUUGUGAGUAAAAUGGUUCUCAUUAUCUGUAAAUAAAUUCUCAAUUAGUCCACAUUUUUGGACAGAUAAUCCCAUCUUUAGAGCAGAAGGAGUUAUUUUAGCUUUGAAAUACACAGAGAUGAUGCCUCUCUCACACUGAUGUAACCAAGGAGGCUGAAAGCAUCACAUCUGCAGCUGCAUUUUGUCGAUAUUUUGUGUUAUUUUUACACAAAAUACCGCCUUAGAGCAACAGAUGGUGUGCAAUCAUGUCUUGGUCUGACUCAUGCACACUCUCAAACCUGCAUGCAUGUUAUAGCCGCUCACUUUGGUGCCGACCAAUUAUCCCCUCAUUCAUGUUCCCGUCCUCGUGUUCGGUACAGGGUGUUCUCCACACAGUUGCCGGGUAUCUGCUCUACACGUCGCUGACCUUCAAGUAUGUUUUUGAUCAUCACCAUGACGACGUGUACUGGUGCACCGCAGAUAUUGGCUGGAUCACCGGCCACUCCUACGUCACCUACGGCCCACUUGCAAACGGGGCUACAAGCGUCUUGGUGAGACAAAGAGAUUUUGAAGCGUCUUUAAAGUCACCUCAGAGCGAUCAGAAGACACAUUCUUAUAUCGAGGAGUAAAAAGAUGUUACCAUCUUCCUCAGAGGUGCAUGUAUGUUUGCUUUCUCCAGUUUGAAGGUAUUCCAGUCCACCCACAUGUAGGCCGCUUCUGGGAGAUUAUUGAGAAGUACAAAGUGACCAAGUUUUACACAGCUCCCACAGCCAUCCGACUGCUGAUGAAGUAUGGACGGGAGCCGCUCCAGAAGUAAGAAUCUGCAUCCUUCGAGUGUCACAGCAGCAGCAGAAGAGGGAAAUAAAGAUUUCACAGAAGUUACAGCAGCAGUUCACCCUAAAAUGCCUCGAAAAGCUCUUUUUAAACACAACACAACAUUUUAAAGAAAAUCUCAUGACCAAAGUUUUAACCUCCUUUUGGUAGACGUGUAUCCUAUCAGAGGUUUGAGGUGAUUACCACCCUCUGCUGUUGGAGCCAGCGGCCUGUUAGCUCAGCAUGAAAACUGUAAAUAUCUCCUCUGGAGUCUCUGAUGACUCACCGCUGUACCAAAGCCUCUAAAAAUGGCAUUUGGAUCAGAACUUAAAGCAGUAUUGACCGAUCCACAACAUUGUCUAGACUACUAGAAGUCUGAUUGUUAUUGUUCAGAAUUCAAUAUGGGACCUCAUCUCAUGUGACGUCAAUUAAUCACCUUAUUAUGAUUCAGUUUUACUCAUAUACAGAUACCUCUUUUGGAAAUUGAUCACUUUUCAACUUCAAGUCUAUUCUCAUGUCUGUAGGAACUAGUUUGAAUGUAGACAGGGGUGUGUCCAGAGGAGCUGCCAGGGGUGGCAUGGGCCCAACUUGAAAUUGGCCACCCUUGAUGCAACCCCUAAAUCCUAAACUGUGAUUGACUCUAUUUUUCAUCAGAGACACGGCUAAUGUGAAAAAUAACUUUGGACUGUUGCAACAGGAUGCUAGAACUUUUUUUUAUUUGAAUGUGGAACUUUUAAAUCUUGACUUUUGACAAACCUAUAUUUGACCGUGAAUUGAAUGGAUCUGAUAGAUGAGGUUAAGUCAGAACAAGUAAAUAGAUAAUAUAUUUAUUAGUGUGUCCAAGACUGAUCAUCCUAUCAAAGCCAAAUGCCCUUAUGUGUCUUUUCCAGGUAUGACCUCUCCAGCCUGAGGAUUCUGGGUACUGUUGGAGAGCCGAUCAACCCGGAGGCGUGGCACUGGUACCACGAGGCCGUCGGUCAGGGCAGGUGUCCCGUUGUUGACACGUUCUGGCAGACGGAGACUGUGAGUACCAGCUGCAUAUUUAACUCCAUUCAAACACAUACAAGUGUGACCUUUAACCUCUGAACGGUCCCUUAUUUCUCUACAGGGAGGUCAUGUUUUGACUCCUUUACCUGCUGCCACACCGCUGAAACCUGGCUCUGCUGUAAGUGACAUCUUCGCCAUCUAUUAUGUCAAACUCUCCGACUUUAUGUAUUUAUUCUCAACCAUCCUGAUCAUGAUAUUUUAUUACACUUUCAAACUCCUGUGAGGAACUUUCUGAUGGUGUGGUGGGGGUAGGAUUGGACUUUCAUAUCUAAGACAAGAACCUCAGGACUUUGAGCCAAACUAAAGCAGCAGAUGUGAUGUUGAUAUUGUUUUUUUUAUAUAUCUUGCUUCUGCAUGUGUAGAUUGUUGUCCAGAUUAUGACCAGACAGUGACACUGCAGCCAGUUUAAUAAAAGAAAGCGUUUAUCUGACAUUAAAUCCACAGACCUUUCCUUUCUUCGGGGUGGAGCCCACAAUCCUCAAUGAGCACGGCGAGGAGCUGGAAGGCGAGGCCGAGGGUUAUCUGGUAAGUUUGAGGAAGCGUGUCCUGCUGCCUGUCACCACCACCUUAAAGGGAUAUUCCAGCAUAAAUGUAAUUUAGGGCAGCACCUAACUUCAUCAACAGUACAUAUAGGGUCUCAGCCACAGCAUUAGUCACCAAACAUCUUGCCUGAUUUCUUUAGCAAAGAGACUAAACACAACUCACCUACUCUCUUCCAGCAGCUGCUUGUUUGUAGGGGGAGCCCUGACGAGUCGAUCACUGAGUGCAGCGGAGUUUCACAGCUCAAGGAAGAACAUUUAUGAUCAUUUCUUCAUAGAAAUGCAAUCAGACGCUAUGUCUUAAGUGCAUAAUGAUUAAUAUGGUGAUUAUUACUUCAAGGAAAUGAUAAAGUUAUUUCUGUUCUGAGUAUUAUUUGUUGCUAUAUAGUGGUGUUUUGGUUGAGGUUUGUUUAUGGCUCCUCAGACCUCUGUGUACUGCUAUCAUGCGAUUGUUACUAAAGUUGGUAUAAUUAGAGAAGCAAGCGGUCAGCAACAUUCAUCUUUCGAGCACGUGUCUAACUCGGUGUUAGAGUGUGUUUGACCCUAAAUUACAUUUACACCGGAAUAUCCCUUUAAUAAUCCAGAACUAUCGUGUUUAUUGUAAGUCAUUUGCAGCUGUAGUUACAGUUUCGCCCCUCUUUUAUUUUGUUGCAGGUUUUCAGGAGGCCCUGGCCUGGAAUUAUGCGCACUGUGUACAAAAACCACGAACGCUUCGAGAACACCUACUUCAAGAAAUUCCCAGGCUUCUAUGUAACUGGUGAUGGUGAGUUGCAAAGACGAUACUGUAAAAUUAAACUUUUUCUUCUGUUAGUCUAGAGUCUAGAGGUCAAGCAUGGACUUUGUAGAUAUAAAAAGUCUUUUUAGGGCUAUUUAACUUGUUUGUCCUCCUCCUUCAGGCUGCAGGCGGGACAAGGACGGAUACUACUGGAUCACAGGAAGGAUAGACGACAUGCUGAAUGUGUCAGGUAUCAUUCACAACUUUCAUUAUUCACAACUUUCAUUAGUUUAAAAAAACAGUUGACUCUCAGCCUUUACGUCUCAUGUUAAUUAAAUUUUUAAAAAUAUUAUCUGGGAUGUCUUUCAGGCCACCUGAUGAGCACAGCGGAGGUGGAGGCGGCUCUGACCGAACACCCAGCAGUGGCAGAGGCCGCUGUAGUGAGCCGGCCUCACAAAGUGAAAGGCGAGUGUCUGUACUGCUUCGUCACCCUCAAAGACAGCCGGGAGUUUAACCACACGAUGGCGGAGGAGCUCAAGAGACUGGGUAAAGGCUUAGACGAAGGCGGAUUAAAGGGCUAAUCCACUCAAUAUUAUGUAAAUUGGGGGUUUUGUUCUGUGUUGUGUUGUUUGUUUUCUGUGUGGCUCAGUUCACGUUUUGGUCAUGGCUACUUUUCAGCUUCUAUUACAGAUGUUGUUAUUGGAGGUUUUUUUUUAUUAAAUUACAGAUAAAUAAAUAACAUUGCACCUUCUUGGUCCAAGGUAACAGGACAUCAACUAAAUCUUAAUAAUAUAUCUCUGUAAUUAUUUAAUCUAACUAGUUAAUGUAGAGGUUUUUGUUGUCCACCAGAUAUUUGGCUCAUAAUUAUGGAACUUGUAAGAUAUGAUUACCAUGCAGUGAGAUAAGUUGUAAUAGGAUACCAUAUAAUGUCAAACUUUAAAACAUGAUAUGAUAGCAUAAAAACGAUAAAAAAAUUAACAGUAUAUAAAUGGAAAUAAAUAUUUGACUGAACUUAGAAUACUAUACAAUCUAUAUUACAUUUUAUGUUACGAUAUACAACAGAAUAUGAUGAAUGGUAUGAUAUACUACAGAAUAUAUAUUGUGGCAAAUGCUGUGUGACACACAAUAUAAUAUGCUAAAGGAUAUAUAAUACUGUGUUAGAUAAGAGAUACAAUACAAUAUGAUUAAGUAUGAUAUGACAAUAUAUGAUACAAUUAAAAACACUUGAAUAAACAAUACUUUAUAGACAUAUGGGACACCUGGUGCAGAAUAGGGUGUAAGAUAUUCAGUAUGCUGUUCAAUUAACCAUAGUGUUUUUAAUAUUAUAUGUUAUAUAAAACAAUAACUAGUGUCGUAUACAAUACCUGAUAAUGAUACACUAUAUUUCAUAAUCUAUAAUACAUUAUAGAAUAUAACAUUCAACAUGAUGUAUAAUUAACUAUUCUGGAAAAGUGAUAUGACAUGAUAAGACAAUGAAAUUAGACUGGAUUGCAUUGAUCCAAGAAGAGGACUCUGGUAUGAGUGUUUUUGCAUUAUAGCCCUUUUUUGGACAUAGUUACAAUACUUUUUAAAUUAUAUAUAUUUAAGUACUUUAUUUAUCUGACAAAGCCCAUUUAUUCAAUGUGGAAAAUGUGAUCUCUGACUCUAAGGUAAUGUUUGUUCUCUGCUGCUCAGACUCAUUUUCUUUAUUUUUCUCCCAGUGAGAGAGAAAAUCGGACCAAUCGCCACGCCGGACUUCAUUCAAAACGCCCCAGCUCUCCCGAAGACCCGCUCAGGUACCAAUCUGAUCAGCACUCGAAAUUGUUUGAAAUUAACAACUUUCACCACGACUCCCCCUCUCAGUCAGUAACCUUUAUCUCUUCUUCCUCCGACUUCAAUCCCUGUACAGGAAAGAUUAUGAGGCGAAUCCUGCGGCAGAUCGCCCGUAAUGAGAAGGACCUGGGCGACCUUUCGACCCUGGCUGACCCCAAGGUGGUGGAGGUGCUGUUUAGCCAGAGGUGUGAAGCUGCUGCGUGAAGUGACGUUUCAACCUCGUUCCCUGUUGAUGCUGUGAAACGGUAGAGAAGAAGACAAUCACAAACGGCUGGUUCUGAACCAGCAUCUGGGUGCUUAUUAGGACUCUUUAGGUCUGAAUAAAAGGGCAUUGGAUUAGAAAACUAUGGCAGUGACAGUAACAUGCUCAGAGAUUUUGUUGUAUUAAAGAAAAAUCAAAUGUUAGUGGUGCUUUUAUGUAAAUAUUCUGCUCUUGGGUUGUUGUUGCUUUGCAGUCGGGCUUACGUGUCAAACUAACCACUAACUGAUUUACUAUCUUCCUUCAAGUCUUUGCUUCUCGUGUCAUUGAUUCGUAAGAGAAAAAGUCAGCUUUGGAAAAAUGUGAUUUAUGACUGACCACUGAUGUAGAUUUCAAAUAUGUGAUAUGUUGCUAUGACCUGGAAAUAAAGUGAGAAAUUUCACUGAGCAAGUUUGUAUAAAGUGUGUGUAAGCAUGCAGCACAGUCCCAUUAAAGCUUAAAAUUUAAGAAGUGAAAGAAAAA